AUUGAGUAAAGACUUGGCAAAGAAGUUAAUAAAAGAAUUGGAUCCAUACUUGAAACCUCAAAUGAGAUCAUCUGAUUUAGACUCUACAACAAAGGUUUUAAUAGCCCUUGAUUUUUACGCUACUGGUUGUUAUCAAACUCCAGUUGGGAACAGUAAAUUUUUUUCAGUGUCUCAACCCUCGGUAUCUAGGUGUUUAGAAGAAGUGACUUCUGCAUUGAACAAUGAAAAUGUUUUUUUUAAAUGGGUGAAAUUCCAGAGUAACUUAAGAGAACUAAGAAAAGUUCGCAGCGAAUUUUACAUGGCUACUGGUUUCCAAGGUUGCAUAGGAUGCAUAGACUGCACUCACGUAGCAAUAGUACCACCAUCAAAAGAUCCAUUAAAUGCAAACCCGGAAUAUAUUUAUGUCAACCGUAAGGGGUACCACUCAAURAACAUAUGCGACGUGAACCUUAAAAUUAUGAACGUAAAUGCAUUAUUUCCUGGGAGUACCAACGAUGCUUACAUAUGGAGUAACAGCAAUGUACAACCAGUUGUAAAAGAACUGUAUGAUAAUGGCCAUAAAGGAUAUUUUCUUUUGG